AUGGCGGAGUUCGACUUAACCACGAACAUCGGGCGCUGCCUGGACAGGCAUCUCGUCUUCCCGCUGCUCGAAUUUCUGUCCGUCAAAGAGAUUUAUGAUGAGAAGGAGCUGCUGCAAGGGAAGCUGGAUCUGCUCAGCAACACGAACAUGGUGGAUUUUGCCAUGGACGUAAAUAAGAACCUGUACCCCAACCAAGACAUCCCACAGACUCUCAAGGAGAAGCGAGCACAGGUUGUAUCUCAACUGAAGCAGCUUCAAGCGGAGACGGAGCCCAUAGUGAAGAUGUUCGAAGACGCGGAAGUCCAGAGGCAGAUCCAGAACGCACGGGAUGGACGGCAGCUCUUCGAUUACCUGGCUGAGAACCACGGGUUCCGCGCAGAGUACCUGGACACGCUCUACAAGUACGCCAAGUUCCAGUACGAAUGCGGGAACUACUCGGGAGCAGCGGAGUACCUCUACUUCCACCGUGUGCUGGUCCCUGCCAACGACCGCAAUGCUCUGAACUCGCUGUGGGGAAAGCUGGCGUCCGAGAUCCUGAUGCAGAACUGGGAGGCGGCCAUGGAGGACCUGUCCCGGCUCAAGGACACCAUCGACAACAACUCGGUCAGCUCUCCGCUGCAGGCGCUGCAGCAGCGCACGUGGCUCAUCCACUGGUCCCUUUUCGUGUUCUUCAACCACACAAAGGGGCGUGACAACAUCAUCGACCUCUUCCUCUACCAGCCACAACGCCCUCGGCGACGCUCCAGAAGUUCCGUGGUGAAUGCCGGUGGCGUCUCCGGCAGGGUGCCGAACACAUGCUCAUGUUUGGCUUCAACCUUCUCCACGGGAGGAAGGAAUGUUCGGCACUAUCGGUCACACUUAAUCGAUAACGAGUACAAGGAUGAUGAAUCGCAUUACGAAAGAGCCAAUAGAAGCCUUGGCAGCAGCCUAUGUCUGGGACACCUGAUGCCCCUGCUGAUUUCAGAUCCGGGCGAAGAAUACGCAAAGGUGCACCGUCUAGGUCCUCCAGCCGCUACAACCCCCGACAACAGGGGGCGGACAGGACGCUCGUGCGCAGCAACCACCCAAUGGAAUAAAGGGUCAACCUACCGACGGUCCCUCGAAGAGUUAGGGAUAUUGAAAGAAACGACUUAUAAUGGGAAAAAGAACGGACAGAUCCCUAAUAGAGAUUCGGGCUCGAUAUCUGCAGGAGGACGACAGGGGGACUCCGGCUUGGACCCGAAAAACUUUGCUCGCAUGCUCGCGGACAAGCUGAACAUGUCCCCGGAGGAGGCGGAGCGUUGGAUCGUGAAUCUGAUCCGGAACGCCCGGCUCGAUGCCAAGAUCGACUCGAAGCUGGGCCACGUGGUGAUGGGCAACAACGCAGUGUCGCCGUACCAGCAGGUCAUCGAGAAAACGAAGAACCUCUCCUUCCGCAGCCAAAUGAUGGCCGUCAACAUCGAGAAGAAAAUGUCUCAGAACAACCGCGUGGAGCCACGUUUGUCUCACGAGUGUUCACAAACCGCGCUGGCCAAGGCGGCCCUCUGGUACCUUUUGCCACUAAAGUGCAUCGUGGCUGAGAAUGGAGCCUUUGUUGCCAGAGUUGUGUCGUGCAAACAGCUUUACCACCUCUCUUGUUUCACCAACAGUUGGGGCCGGCACUGCACGCCGAGCGUGGUGCCAUCCAUCGCUGUCAGCGCUCACCGAGCCCCGCUUAAGGCCGCAUCAUCGGGCAAUUCGCCAGAAUGGACCUGCCCUAUCCUGGACACCUCGCAGGCCAGCAGCAGCAGCAGCAGCACAGGAGAGAUGUGUAUUAUGGUGUGCAAGAAGUUCAAC